GACAGAAUUGUAUAAGAAAUAGGGAUGUGGCAGGAUAUAAGGAAUGGGUGAAGUAUAAGGAAGAGUUAGGGUUAUGUGGUGUUAGCAUACUGAUACCCAAGCCAGGCUACCUACGUGGAAUCUGCCUUGUGAGGGGCGGACCCGUGGCCUGGCUAAGCACCUAACAGUACUGAGGCUUGUGGCUGAUCAGGAUACUUAGCUGAACUGUCCGCUUGGGUCGGGAAGAAGCCAAGCAGAAGGUGGAGCAGUGGGUGGAUGAGAGAAGAAGACUGUGCCGCCAAAGCUGAACAAAUUCAUGCAUCCGCGGAACCCCUACAGAACACCUCCAAGCUUCAAGAAGUUAGCCACUCAGUACUCAGAAUUCCGCGCCCACUGUGCCUACGACGUGGCUGGCAAGGUGCAUCUGGACUUCAAGAACCCUGAUGCUCUCCGUGCCCUCACCACCUGCCUCCUCCAUCAGGAUUUUGGCCUUGAGGUGAACAUUCCCUCAGACCGCCUGGUGCCAACGCUGCCCCUGCGCCUCAACUACCUGCUGUGGCUGGAGGACCUGCUCUUCCUGGCCGCCCGGAGGUGUGGCAGCGUUGGCAGUGGUAGUGGUGAGGGGGACAGUUCAGCGCCGCCCCCUGUGGUAGGGGUGGACAUUGGCACAGGAGCAGCGUGUGUGUACCCCCUGCUGGCUGCUGCACACUUCUCCUGGUGCAUGCUGGCCACCGAGACAGACCCUGCAAGCUGCCAGAGUGCCCUGGAGAACGUGCAGAGGAAUGGACUGGCCGGACAGAUUGCUGUGAGGAAGGUGGAGGAGAAGACAAUACUCAAGGAGGUGUUGGACCUGCCGGAAACACUCGCUCAAGUCUCCACCCUCAAACCUCGCACUGGUGAUGGUGGUGGUGGUGGUAAAUGUCUCUCCCGUUCCUCCCUUAAGUCUCGUCAUUCGGAUUCCCAGCGCUGGGGUGAUGCAUGCUCUGGGCUGAAGAAAGAGAAGGAAGGGAAGGGGGAUGAGGAGGACAAAGAGAAGCACAAGGAAGGCAGCAAGACAGAGGAGCAGGAAGGCAAAGAUGACAUCAAUGGAAAGGAGGAAGAGGAAAGAGAGGAAGCACAAGAGAGAGACUACAUCUAUGACUUCACCAUGACCAACCCUCCCUUCUUCAGCUCUGAGGAGGAAGCUGACACCAUGGCCAAGAGUAAGAAGGGCAGAGGGGAGCCCAAUGCUGCACCCACUGGCACAGCGCUGGAGAAAGUGACGGAGGGCGGGGAGGUGGAGUUCAUUCGGCAGAUGGUGGAGGAGAGCCAGCUGCUGAGGGACAAAGUGAGGAUCUUCACCACACUCAUCGGCACCAAGGCUCAUGUGCGGGAGGUGAAGAGGCUGGUGCAGGAAGCCAAGCCAACCUCCUGUGUCUUUACCGAGUUCUGUCAGGGGCGGACCAUGAGGUGGGGCGCUGCAUGGACAUUUGCUGCCGGUGUGAGUCUGAGUGAGGUGCGGAGUAAAAAGGAGAUGGCCACCAAGAAGCCAAUUGUGCUGCUGCUCCCCCGCACCCUCAUGUCUGUGUACUCUGUGCCAGCUGCUUGGACUAAGGUGCUCGGCUGGCUCAAGGCUCUCAAGGUGAAGGUGGAGGUGUUCAAGAGCACCAAGUACUUCGUAAGCGCCAACGUGAAGGCGUUCAAGCUGACGUGGCUACACCAGCGGCGGCGGCGGCGGGAGAGAGAACGAGAGGGACACCACCAGCAGCACAAUGGUAAAGGUGCUAAGGAGGAGGAAAAGGAGGACAAAGGCUCAUCAUCUAAGAGGAAAACAGAAGAUGAAGAGGAGAGUGAAAACAAGAGAGCACGGAUAGAAACGGAAGGUGAAAUGGAAUCUGAAACAGAAGAGGGAAAACAAAAUAUGGAAGAAGAGGAGGAAGAGGAGUUAGAUGAGGAGGAAGAGCUAGAAGAAGAGGAGAGUCACGAGGAAGGGAGAUCAACAGACAAAGACAGCCAGCAGGGGACAUCGACAGGAGGCUGGGGGGAGAGAAAACCAACAAAAGGUGGACUGAAGUGCCUCCUCAGGUGUAACUUCCAGGUGAAACAGACAGGAGGAUUAAUUAGCGUGGAGGCGCACUACCUGGGUGGGUCGCUGGGCAAGGAUGGGCUGAACCAGUUAGUGCAGUACAUGAGGAACCAGCUCACCUAUCCACAUACACAGUUCUAGAGCACUGUUCUUGUUUACUGUUCUCGUUUCCCAUUAAGGCAGUGUUUCUGAACCAUAGCUGUUGGUCGGUGGUAUUAUUAUAUAUUGUUUUAAUUUUCCUUAGGGCAGCAUUGUUAACUGAGGGUGCUGAAAAGAAUCGUAGCUGAGUAAUCAUUGUUAUUAUUUACUGUUUUUGUUUCCUAUUAAGGCAGCGUUUCUUAACUUAGGGUGUUGAAAUUAACUGUAGGGGUGAUGGGAAUGAUGUGUGUGUGGUGGUGUAUUGCCAGUGUUCCUCACAAAGGAUGCAAAAGAGCUAAGAUAUUUUUGUGAUGAAUGUACAUAUUUGAUUCUCAUUUUCAUGUGUUGGCAGGAAGUGUAGCUAAGCUUUGUGGUGCAUGUUAGGGGUGCCAGCCUGCCUAGAUCUGACUACAAGGGGCACUGAGAUCAGGAAGGUUAAGAAACACUGCCUCAAGGGACUGACACCUUAUGAGUUUCACCCAGGCUUUGUAGUCAGAUUAUCUCCUCUGAUGUUCAUCCUUCCCUUGUGGUGCAAAAGUAUGAGUUGUGCCACUCUCAAUGUGAGUAGGAUGGACUACCAGUAAUACCCUUUCACUUGUACACUACACUAUCACCCUAAUAUGUUUCUGAAUAAGUGCUAAUCUUCAUGACAAAAUUCAAGAUUGUUUAAUACUUUUCCUUCAUCAUAUGUUUGUUAGAGAGAAAAUAAUGCUGCAUAUAUAUGAUAAAAAAGUAACAUUCAAAGCCAAGCACCAGAUGACUGUAUCUAUCUAUAUACCAGGCCAGCAUUCCCACACAGGGUGGCCCAGACAUGGCAUGUGGUGUAUAUUUAAACUGGUGCCUGAAAUGAUACAGCAGAUAGAACAGAUGUGGGCUGAUUAAAUCAUGUCCUGUUGCUUUGUAUAUACUCAACCAAUAUCUCUGUAGGUUAAGACUGAGUGGACACACACACACACACACACACACACACACAAAAUCCUUGUACAUACCCAACCAUUGUCUCUGCAAAGAAAGGUUGAGACGAAGUAGACAAAACACACACACAAAGGUUACUCAAUUUCCAGCCACAUCUGUACCUGCUAUCUGCUGAAAUCCAGUGACUACAGCUGUUUGCUUCCUCAUGUAACAUCCUGCUAUUUCAUCAAGCACACACUGACUGAGGUACAAACAAAAGGUGUUUUUCUAACCAAGAUGUUUAACAGUUAAGAGGUUCUGUUGCUCUUGACCGUUCCUGUGUUCUUACAUUAAUAGCUGGUGAAGAGAUAAAAUAAAAAAAUAAUAACAUGCUACGAAUAUACCUGUACUUUACACCUGAGACCUUCCCUUGUAUGAGUGACCUGUACUGAGGCUGUGAUCUUCCAAUAAAUGGUACAGAAUUUAAA